UAAAUAAGAUCAAUCCCGGAUAGCUGAACGUUACCAUAGGCAACCCGGGAUUGGCUUCCCUGGAUUCUGGGCAGGGUGACAGUGACAUUCGGGUGAUUUAAAUUGAACCAAAGAAAAUGCUGUUUUGCAAAAAGUACCGCCAACCUUCUUGUCCGCAGGAUGCACGUGAGGGCGUGGUGAGCUAACAAACAAUGCCGAAAGGAACAUCGCUUCAUUUAGAGUACAAUUUUGCCUUGGUGAUUAGGCCUUUUUGAGACAACGAAUCUACUUUAUGUGAAGAUGGGUUGCGUGAAUAGCAAAGCAGACAUCAACGACACGCAUCCCAACAUUUUUCAUGUGAUAAACGUCGAUGAUCGCGACAGGCCAGUAAAUCGAGGCAAACUAGAGGUUACUGACGUUGAAUUGAUUUGGCAUCAGAAAGGCAGUAACCCUACACGGUGGCCUCUACGGUCUUUGCGAAGAUAUGGCUUUGAUUUAGAUCGGAGCGUUUUCAGUAUAGAGUGCGGCAGGCGCAGCCCUACAGGCCCUGGUUACUUUGCGUUCAAAUGUAUAAAGUGUGAGCAGCUGUUUAAGUUGGUUCAACUACAUAUUAUUGGUGGAGUUCAGGAUGUAAAUGUGAUGAGCGGUGAUAAUUCCCACUUGGUGCACAACCCGAAUCAGAACAACAUCGAUUUUUCCGUCCUCGGUGCAUCUUCGGGCCCUCCUGUACAAAGACGACCAGAUGGUCAUUUGCUUCCAGCAAUCGCAGAUGCCACCCAUCUCAAUCCUGCACAACCGAUCAUACGAUCGCAUGCCGGAGUCUUAAGCAGGCCGGGCUCCAUUUCAAGUAACGGCGGGCACCUAAGUCCGACUGCUUUAUCGCCACCUCCGGUUUUAACGUCGGCUUUUCCAUUGGAGCACAACAAUAACAAGCGCCACAGCUCCAUAGUGGAAAAUGGGAUUAGUAGUCCUCUGAAUUAUGCCAAUGUUGGUCCUGGAGAUGUAGAGGCAAAUUGUCAUGUUUACGUGAACGUUGACACCAAAGAUAUCGGGAACAGUGUGCGUGAGGAACUGCACUGUUACGCCAACAUUGAUACAAGAGAUGUGGACAGUAUACACGCCCUACAGCAACAGCACAGCUCAGUUAGUAACGUUGCAAUUCCCAACAAGGAUUCCGCACAAAUGUAUAUGAGUAACAGCGUGCCAUGCACACCGACUGCUUACGAAACAGAGCACGCCGGUAUACCGGAAGUGAAUUACGCGGAAUUGGAUCUGGAUCAGGUGAAAAACGACCUGAAUGGAAACGCAGGGACGUCGUCGCAAGCAACAGUUACCCAAACGGCCGGCGCUCAGGGCAGUCCAACGUUGCAAAAGAAAAGUUACGCACUGAUCGAUUUCCCCAAAACCAUCGCACUCAGCCAAAGUAUUAACCCCAAUGCCGACCUGGAGGAGGGAAGUAGAAAAACCAGACACAAUUCCACUAUCAAUUCGUUUAGUGACUAGAAACAUUCUUCAGCGAAGUUCCGAACUAGUUGACAAACACUUUUGGGUGAUGAGCUCUGGAUAUUUCAAUUGAUAUAACAUCGAACAUUUGGCCUAUUUAGCAGCCUUUAAAUUUUUAAAUUACGAAUGACAAUACCGAACUCACAUUCCAGAGCUCCCUCCUUUCUAUCACGUAUUUAAAUCACCGAAAAAGUUGUUCGCAUUAAAUUGGCUAUUUUCCAAAAAAAUGGUACCAAUUCCAUAAGGAAACGUUCAAUAUUUUACCAAUCUAAGACGAUUACCAAAGACUAUUGUGCAUCUACGGAAGUUAUUUUUAAAUAGGUGUGAUAAUAAUGUUAGGAUUUAUAGUUGAUUUAUACAUUACAAUGAGCAGUUAUAUAACGUUAUUGUACGUAUGAAUCAACGGGUGUUAGCUUUAAGCAAAGUAUAGCCCAUAGUAUAUUCAGUAAGUUUUAAAAAAAUUAAUCUUGCCCUUACCAAACAGGCAGCAGAGAAAAUAUCUUAAUCGAAUGGUUUCCAGUCAACUUUAUCAAAGAUGUCUUUAAUUUUCUACAAAAAUAACGAUUCCAGACAUUCGUAUAUGUAUAAAUAAGACGCUCAAAUAUGCCAAAAUAAAACCCAACUGUAUUAGAUAAGACCUGGAAUAGCAAGACUAUUACGCUUAUAUCGAUCUAAUAAAACGUUUUUAAAGCAGCAUUGCUAGAUAUUCAGAUUAGAGAAAAUAUAUUUUUUGCAUGUAUUCAGAUGUCCAUUGGUUACAUAAAAAAAUGGAAUUAUUAGCCGUGUAGUUUAAAUUAGUAAAUGUGUGUACAUUGUAGCGAAAUUAUUAGAAUUUAGGCUCAUCUGGGAAAAUAUUCGACGUCUAGGUGUGGAAAACUGAGUUACAGGAACACAUUGAAAUAUUGUUAUGUAUUCAUUUUAUACUGUGUUGAUUAUUAGUUAGGAAUGUUUUCAAAUUUGUUUUCAGCUUCAACCGCUGAUUUAUUUAUUGGUUCUAAUUUGAAUGGACUGUGCGUUUUAGACCGCUGAACAUUUUAAAACUCACGGUAAUAUUCACUUGGGAUCCAGAAGAUAUAUGGAAGCAAAACUACCAAAGUGUCGAUGCCAAAAGUUAGAAUAUAUAGUAGACGUAGUGGGUUAAGCCAAAUUGUAUUAAGUUUGAAAUAAAAGAUUUUUAUAAAAA